UAAAAAAGUUUAUAUUUGCUAUGCUUGUACUCAUAUGAUAUAAUAUUAUAAUGAAUAUCAUUUUGAUAAAACGUGGAAUAGUUUACGAAGUUCUUAUUCGAUUCUUAUAUUUUAAAAUAUUCAUGUAAACCGCGUGUGUUCGUUUAAACUUGUGAGACUCCCAGAACAUGAUAAAAUGAUUCAUUUUCACGCCAACGGCGAAUAGAGUCGGUUUUCGCAAUAUUUUUUAUCGAUUUAGUAAUUUUUUAAACACUCAAGAUUGCGGUAUAGCAAUUGUUGAGUGUACGCAAAACGUUAAGACUAUCGUUUGUAUAAGAAACGACCGCUGUCCUUCCGUCCGCGGCCAUGCUGUUGAACCCGUCGAACGACGGGGAUUCGAUCGUGUGCCCGACGCUGGCCAAGUGCACCGGGCUGUACUACAUCGUGCGGCCGGACACGGCCACGGUGUGCGGCCGGAACGCGUCGCACGUGGUGGCCGCAGUGAUGAUCGCGUUCACGGCCGCCUGUUUAUCGCUGUACCCCGUCGGCCUGUACCGGUGGGCCAACGACACGACGCAGCUCACGAUCCAGGUGGCGUUGUACAGCAACUUCCUAUUCGGCGCGUACAAGAGCUACAUGGUGGUGCGCCGAUCCCGCGAUAUCUGGACGUGCAUGGACGUGACGCGCGCAGGGUUCGCACUUGGCCACCACGGCCGCUACGACCGUCCGGCCACCGGGCAUCUGCACCGCUGCCGCGCCGUGUCGUCCGCGUUCACCCGGUGGUUCUCCGUGGUCAACUACAGCAUACUGUUCUUGUGGUCCACCAUCCCGUUCAUGGCCGGCGACGCGUACAUCCACGUCCGCAACCACGACGGCACGUUUAGCAGCUACCGCGUCAAUCCGUACAACAUGUACUUCUUCGUGUCCAGCGACACGUACAACCAGUGGCACCUAGUGUUCCAUCUGCUCGAGUCGCUGUUCGGCCUGUGCUUCGUCAUGUCCAUGAUACUGUUCGACACGUUCAUGGUCACGUUGUGCGUGACCAUCGCGGGCCAGCUGAAGGUGAUCGGCGACGAUUUCAAGGGUCUGGGACACUCUAAGGUCAGCG